UGAAGAUGACUCGGACUCGAAAAAUGUGAUGACAUAGACGCGACUGGAGGAGUCCGAGACGCCGCUGCUAACACGAAAAUCCCACUACGUCUAAAGGAAUGUAAAUGUUAUACAAGGAAACGUUACAGGAGAUUAUACAAGGUAAAGAAACAUCAGAUCAGAGUCAACAGAGAGACUACUCCAGAGAACAAAAGAUAAGCGGCACCAGCAACUUAUAUCUGAAUCCACCUAUGGACCAAGGGCAGCUGUGGGAGUCUGAGUUCAACAACCCGCGGCCCAUUUCUGAGCGCUGUCAGCGGCAGCUGCCACUCCCACGCCAUCCGAGGAGGUCCGGAAUCCGAGGCCGCGAUACCCGUACUGUGCGAAAAAAAAAUGGGUGAGCGGCGGAAACAGAACGCAUCAAAAGGAGAUCACAAAAAAAUGGCUAAUGGCGCAAAAGAUCAGAGCGGCCAAUGGGGACGAGCCUGGGAGGUGGACUGGUUCUCCUUGGGAGGCGUCAUCUUCCUCCUGAUGUUCGCGCCGCUUAUCGUCUAUUAUUUUGUGAUGUCAUGUGACCAGUACCAGUGCGCGCUCACCGGCCCCGUCCUCGAUUUAUACUCCGGUAAAACCCAGCUGUGGGAUAUAUGGAGCAAGACGCCGCUGAUCACCUGGAAAGCCGUUUACAUCUACGCCGCCUGGGUCUCUUUUCAGGUGUUCCUGUACAUGAUUGUUCCGGAUAUCUGCCACAAAUUCCUCCCAGGAUAUGUCGGAGGUGUCCAAGAUGGCGCGAGAACUCCGGCCGGUGUCAUUAACAAAUACCAGGUGAAUGGCCUCCAGGCCUGGAUUGUGACCCAUAUAGUCUGGUUUGCGAACGCCUAUUAUUUCCACUGGUUCUCUCCAACCAUCAUCAUCGACAACUGGAUCCCCUUAUUAUGGUGCACAAAUAUUCUGGGGUACUCCGUCUCCACUUUUGCGAUGAUCAAAGCCUACUGGUUCCCGACCAACGCCAAAGACUGUAAAUUUACCGGUAACAUUCUCUACGACUACAUGAUGGGGAUUGAGUUUAACCCUCGCAUCGGGAAAUGGUUUGACUUCAAGCUCUUCUUCAAUGGACGCCCCGGAAUUGUCGCCUGGACUUUAAUUAACCUGUCGUAUGCCGCCAAGCAGCAAGAGCUGUACGGGCAGGUCACAAACUCCAUGAUCCUGGUCAACAUCCUGCAGGCCAUCUACGUAGUGGACUUCUUCUGGAAUGAAGCCUGGUACCUGAAGACCAUAGACAUUUGUCACGACCACUUUGGAUGGUACCUGGGAUGGGGGGAUUGUGUCUGGCUGCCCUUCCUCUACACAUUACAGGGCCUGUAUCUGGUCUAUAACCCAGUCCAGCUCUCCACCACAGCCGCGGUAGGAGUUUUGCUCCUCGGUCUGAUCGGAUACUACAUCUUUAGGAUGACUAACCAUCAGAAGGAUCUGUUCAGACGCACCAACGGCAACUGCGUGAUCUGGGGCAAAAAACCCAAAUACAUUGAAUGCUCUUACUCCUCAGGGGAUGGCAAAAGGCAUUACAGCAAACUGAUGAUUUCCGGAUUUUGGGGUGUCGUCCGACAUUUCAACUACACAGGAGACCUGAUGGGUUCCUUGUCGUACUGCCUGGCCUGUGGCUUUGACCAUCUCCUGCCUUAUUUCUACAUUAUAUACAUGACCAUCUUGCUGGUCCACCGCUGUAUACGUGACGAGCACCGAUGCUCCAGCAAGUAUGGGAAGGACUGGAAGCUUUAUACCGAUGCCGUGCCGUACCGGUUACUGCCCGGUGUGUUUUAGAAUGUGAAAGAAACAAUUAUUCCAGGGAAAACACAGAUGUUCAUGGUUUAUUGGAACAAGGACUCUGACCACAUGGACCACUGCCUCUUUAAUAACUGACGCCUGUUCUACUGGGGACCACAAGACGCCAUUAAAUGAGUUUGUUCCAUAGACUUGGAAGUAGGGUCUCAGAAUAUCAAUGUCGCCCUAAAGUAAGGAGCCUUCAAACACUCGACUGUGGCCUUCUGUUGUCUGCAAAAACUCAAAAUUUUCUAACUAUUGCAGUGUUUUCCAACUAGGGUGCCUCCAGCUGUAGCACAUGUAUUCUGCUGGGGGACACUUGCCCGACCCUUCUCUCCUCUGACAUCCAGAGUCAGCAGAGAGUCCAAAGGCCAUAACACACAUAGAUCAUUGUUACCCUAGCAGUAGGCCUUCAGGUGUUGCAAAACUACAACUCCCAACAUGCCCGGACAGCCGAAGGCUGUCCGGGCAUUCUCGGAGUUGUAGUUUUGCAACAGCUGGAGAAACAUAGGUGCACAGGC